AUGGAGAGCACGACAGUAAUUUCUGCAGCACCUGGGGAUGCUAUGGACCGCAUAAAGCACGUAGAGCGACAAUAUCAAGCCUUUCCAGGUUCACAGUACGUGCUCCCAUCAGACGCUCAAGAGGCGGAAAGAUUGUCUCGCCAGCACCGUCUCUGGCUGAACAUCUUCGGGAACCGGCUGAUCUUCCCUGACAUAUCUUUCCGUGGGGAUGAGUGCAUCCUGGAGUCUGGCACCGCUAACGGGACAUGGCUGCUCGACGUCAUCAGCAGAGACAUCGUGCCCCGAUCGGUCGCCUUCGAAGGCAUCGACAUCGAGCCGCGCAUCUUUCCCGUCGACAACGCACUCGUCGCCGCUCGCGGGAACGUCCGCUUCUCCGUGAACACGAUCACCAAGCUGCCCCUGGAGUGGGAGAACAAGUUCACCCUCAUAAACCAGCGCCUCCUGAUCGCCGCACUGCGUGCGGAGGAGUGGAAGCUGGCCGUCGGCGAGAUGUAUAGGGUGCUGGUGCCGGGAGGCUGGGUGCAGCUGGGAGAAGUUGGGCGCUGGGAAGCGGGCCCGGUCACCGCCAAAGCCACUUCCCUCAUCCACGCUCUCUUCGCGGCGAAGGGCAUGGUCGCUGACUGCGCCGUCCAAAUUCCUGACAUGCUGCGUGGUGCCGGAUUUGCGACGAUCCACAUCGAAGAGAAGGUCGUCCCAAUAUCAAGCCGUGUUGGAGAGGAGGCAGGAGAGAUGGGGAAAAACCUGAUAGAUGUUAUGAGAGGAAUGAAGACACCCAUCUUGAACGCCGGCGGGUUCGGUAUAGUCAAGUCGGAGGCUGAGAUGGACGCUCUGCUCGACGCUGCGAUAGAGGAAUUGGACAGAAUGCCGAGUGCGAAUAUUCGUUGGAGUGUCUUCUGCGGCCAGAAACCAGUCGUGUAG